AUGGAGAGUCUUGACAGCAUAAACAACGAGUUACGCAGUCUUUUGCUGCAGCAUUUCCAAGUCGUAGCUACCCACUCCCAACGCCAGGACCAGUGGUACAAACGCUCGUACCAAUCAUUCGUAGCGGAGCAUGGUGAUCACAAACCGUUGAUCGUUGUGCCACGCGACUCUAGAGAGGAAUGGGUUCCCCAUGUACGUCGGUUCGCGGCUCUUCUCGUCAACGAACUAGAAAUCGCUGGCAAAGAACCAAGCGCCAAAGAACGGCCUUCGGAAACAAAGCUCUUCUCAAACCGGGUCCUUGAUGAGUCACAUGCGCGACCGCUUUGCCGAGCGAUCUGUGGUUCGAAGCUGAUGACGCCUGAUAUGAUGCAGAUGGCCUGGUGGACAUCAAACACCAGGUCGUCAAACAAAUUCGGAGAUGGUCACAGAUGUGGUCGCCUUGAGGGAGUCCAGGCUUUGAUAACUUGUGGAGAAGCCGAGCCUUUGCUCCGAUUAGCUGCAUUGCCUGAAAUCCGACAAGAAAAAGCAAAAUCCAGGUCUUUAUGGUGCUUGUCACUCAAGGGUGAAUGGGACACCAUUUUGCCAGAUAUCAUGGCUAUUUUCUUAUUCCUCGGCCUCCUGGAUGCGUUUCCGAAGGAAUUCGUUCCCAAACACUGGGUCCCGGUGGCAUUUUGGAUUGAAAAUAGCCCGUUCCGUCGGUACAUCAACGCCCUUGGAGGAAACAUCCCCGAUUCUCCAGACGCAGUACGCAGGCAGAUGAAUCACUGUACCGCAGCUAUGAGAGCGGCUCAAGCAUGGUGUACAAAGGGCGGUUUUGACCCCAUCGACUGGGAGGGUAUUUUCAUGGACAGGUUCCUGUACAUCUUGGGCUUUGAGGCCUGGAACCGGACUCGAGAAGGGGAAGGCUAUCUUGGCUGUGAUUUGAAUGUCACCAAGACUGCAAAAUCACUUAGCAGAGUGGGCAAGGAGGACCUUGAUGAGUAUAUUUCAAUGCAGCAGGGGCCAAGUCAGAGGGUGGGAAGUUCUUCAAAGUCAAUGGAUCCUCUUAAGUUGAGGGAGCCAAAGCAGGAGGUCGUGCCUGAGUUGAAUGAAGAGGAACGCCAGGAGCAGGAGAAAUUGGCUUUGCUCGAAUCAUACGAGCAGGAUUACGGGCGGAAGAGAAGUACAAAAUAUCUGACACGGCACAAAGACUAG